AUGGCGGAAUUACUUCAUAACCCAUCCAAGAUAACAAAUGCUCAACAGGAGCUUUCAGACAUUUUAAGGGAACCGACUAAUGGAGGAAUCAGAUAUCGGUCAACUACCUUAUUGCAAGCAAUUGUCAAAGAAACGUUGCGACUUCAUCCACCAAUUCCGUUUUUAGUUCCUCAUAAAGCAGAGAGCAACGUUGAAAUUCAUGAUGUCAUUGUCCCUAAAGGUCGUCGAAUAUGCCCCGGUUUACCACUAGCACAUAGGAUGGUACACUUAAUUUUGGGUUUGCUUCUACAAUCAUUUUACUGGAAACUUGAAGAUGGGUUGAAACCAGAGGAUUUGGAUAUGGAGGAAGAAUUUGGGUUUACUUUAGCAAAGGCUACUGGUCUUCGAGCUAUUCCGGUUAUUAGGUUAUGA